AUGAUAAAUGGACAAGUUAUGUUUGUUGAUGAUCAAGAGGUUAAUGAUCCUACAACUGAUACGAUGCCCAAAUCGGUGCAUUUCAAUGAAUCCUGCGAAAACUACCGUUGCUUUUGUAAUUGUUUCCAUAUAAAAACUGGUGCUCUUAUCGUUGCUGGUACAGAGCUUUUAAUGAUACUAAUAUUUCUUAUUAACUCGCUACUGAUAAUUGUGGAGCAUGACACGGAAUAUGAGAAAAUCACAGGUACAUGCGAUAGUUAUGUGAUGCAAUCAUUUUCCGUAUCCAUGAUAGGUAUUGGUCUUAGUUUUUUAGCAGUCGUUUUACUUUUUGUGGGACUAAUUCGCAAUAUUGCUGCAUUUCUAAUACCUCAUCUUAUCGUACAGAUAAUUGUAGUAUUAAUACUUGCAUUUGGCUUAUCAUGUGGCAUCAUUGCAUUUUCCACUAACACAACGAUAUUUUAUCGAUUGAUGAAUGCGGCAUCAUUUAAGGAGCAUCCCGGUACUUCUACUGUUGCAUUGGAUGCUCAAACUACCGCACGAUUUAUCACUAUUUUCAUCCUUUACCUUAUUUGUCUUAUAUUACAGUGCUGGUAUGUAAUGAUCAUUCACAACUGCUAUCGUUACUUGAAAGAACGAUGCCGAUACAUGCAUUAUUGUCUUGCAUUCAGCACACCGAUGCAAACACUCAUCUAUCGAUGA